AUGGCGGCCAUGGCGAGCACAUCAACACUAUAUUUUGACCCUGAUCUUCAUCCAGACGACACUUUACGUGCUUUUGACGAAUUUAUCCAGAGCUUCGAGCUCCGAUAUGAUGCACAAUAUCCUGAUCCUCCUAAAACAUCUCUAGAUGCGGCUAUUGAACGAUGGAAACUCGCAAACGAUGAUAAAAAGCCAACGCUUGAUGACUAUGACAACAUUCGCGACGAAUGGCGAUCAAAAGAUCGCGUGACAAAACUCAUCGGUAUAUUCUCAUCGAAACGAUUGUUUGCUGACUGGAAAGUCGCAGAACCGGAUGAUUCCAAAAGAGCUAAGGUGACGUGGAAAUAUUUCGUGACAACAAUGCAACAGCACUACAAACCAAACCAACAGAAAAUCUUACACUUAAAAACCACCAGUUCCGGUCUUUGGCACAGGACGCCCAUGAGUCAUUUCCGACAUUUUGCAAUCGCGUAUAUAAAGCAGCUCAACACUGCAAUUUCAAAUGUCACAAUGACGAUUGCACUGCCGAAGAUACAGCCAUACAUGACCAGAUUAUUAUUGGCACUACACAUGACAAGAUCAGAGAGGAAGCCCUCAAAAAUUCAUGGGACCUCCAACAAUUACGCAAGGAAGGAAUGCGAAUUGAAAGUGCCACCAAAGGACUGGAAGAGCUCAACAAUGAAAAUCCAGUCAACAAAAUGGGUAAAUACUCCUUUAAAAACAUGAAGAAAAAACCUGAGGCUGGAAAGCCCCGGUCAUGUUACUACUGCGGACAAGACAUCAAGACAUCCGUUAUUGCUCACCUCAAAUCCUGCAGAGCACGAACCAGCAAAUGUAACUUCUGUGAUGCAAUUGGCCACUAUGAAACUGUAUGUAGGAAGAAGAAAGCAAUCAAUGAACUGAAAAACGACAGCGAACAACAAGAACAUGAAAUCGAAGAUCACGACCACAGCGGCGUCUACAGCAUCAACAUCUUCAGAAUAACCGAAACACCUCAGCACCAACAACCUCAUAAGAGACGCAUGAAAACCAGAGAUUUCAACGCACAAGUCAUCAUCAACAAUAGCCUUGCAAACGUGUUGGCUGACACAGGUACAAGUAUCAGCGUCUGUGGAAGAGAGCAAGCGCAAAAAUGGAACCUCCUGUCCAGAAUGGUCCCAACCACGACCAAGGUCAAGCCAUAUAACAGCCCGACAAUACCAGUUAUUGGAAUUGCCAAAUGCGCUGUCACAUUUGGCUCCACAUCCAUUCCAGUUGAUUGGCACAUAAUUGAUACACCAUGUGAACCUGUACUUGCAGGACAAAGUGCAGUACAACUGGGGAUAAUCCAGUUUGACCCUCAGCCCGAAGUUUACCAACCAGUACAGAUGAUCCAGUGUAGCAAAAAGGAAGCGCUUCAAGACAUCUUAAAGAAAUAUCCGCAGAAUUUUGAAGGGCUUGGAAAGUUGAAAAACCACCAAGUUAAACUGCAUGUCGACCCCAGUGUUAAACCCGUUGCCUCCCCAGCUCGACCAGUGCCAUAUCACUUGAAGGAACGUAUCAGAACAGAGAUUGACAAGAUGGUAGCCCAAGAUGUCAUUGAAGAACAUCCACCAACAGAACCAGCACCUUGGGUGUCAAACGCAGUUAUUGCACCCAAAUCGGACGGCGCCAUUCGUAUGACCCUUGACGCUCGCAAUGUGAAUAAAGCGAUCCAAGCUUCCAACCUGCCCAUCCCAAGGCAAGAAGACAUUAAAGCUAAACUUAGCGGAGCGAAGGUGUUCUCGAAGAUGGACUUUAAAUCGGCAUUUUGGCAACUUGAACUCCACCCAGAUUCCCGGUACCUUACGGUGUUCCACGCAAACGAUAAACUAUACCGAUAUAAGCGACUCACCAUGGGCGUAAAGCCAGCACAAGGAGAACUUAACAUGGCUCUUCAACCGCUUUUCGCACAUAUUCCACAAGCACACCUCAUCCAUGAUGACCUUAUUGUUGCAACAGAAACCGAUGCAGAACACCAUUCCGCGAUUACUGCCGUCAUGCAAGCCAUCACUAACGCUGGUAUAACCCUUAAUCCAAGCAAGUGCACUUUCGGAGCCACUGAGAUCGAAUUCUGGGGUUUGCGUAUUGGUUCCGCAGGAGUACGACCAGAUCCCGCCAAAGUGGAAGCACUAAAGCACAUCACACCGCCUCGAUCAAAGGAAGAAUUGAUCAGUUUUCUCUGUAUGAUGCAGUCCAAUGCCGAUUUCAUUCCAAACUUCGCACAACACGCGGCCAAACUGAGAGAACUGACCAAGAAAAAUAGUCGAUUCACAUGGACGAAAGAACACCAUGCCGCUUACGAAGCAUUAAUCGAACGAUUCACAGUAAAUACCCUACUCGAGUAUUUCGACAUGAGCAAGCCAACUUUCAUUUUCACCGAUGCACACACUACUGGACUUGGGGCCAUGCUGGCACAAGGAGAUACACCAGAGAGCGCAAGACCAAUUGCCAUAGCUUCUAGAACAACAAACAAGGCCGAGCAGAGGUAUCCACAAAUCGACCUUGAGGCCCUUGGUAUUGAUUUUGCUCUACGACGAUUUCGCAACUAUAUCCUUGGUUCCCCAACCGAUAUCCAGGUUAUAACUGAUCAUAAACCAUUAUGCUCUAUCUUCAACGGCAACCGUAAAGGCUCGAUUCGUACAGAAAGAAUAAAGCUCCGCCAUCAAGACAUCAGAUUUACGGUAAUCUACCAGUGUGGGAAAGUUAACCAAUCCGACUACCUAUCCCGACACGCGAAACCAAUCGAGAAACUACCUCGGGAGGAACAAACUGAAGCGGAUGACCUCAAUAAUCUCCUGUACCUACUUCAUACAACACCAGCCAUCGACUGCGUGGGUAUUGGUGCUAUUGCACAAGCCACAAGUGAAGACCAGACUCUGCAAAAGAUAGCGGCACUCAUCAAGAAGGGACAGACUUGGAUCCCAAAGACAGAACCUGCCGAAGUUCAACGUUUUCGACCCAUCCUUCCACAACUCACAGUUACAGGAAAUGGCAUAAUCCUCAAAGAUGAAAGGAUCAUCCUUCCGACUAAGCUCCAAGAAAAAGCUAUCCAGAUUGCACACAAGGGAGCCCAUCCCGGACAGGAGGGGUUGAAGCGACGGCUUAGAUAUCAUUUCUUCUUCCACGGUAUGGAUAAGAAGGUGGAAGAGUUUGUAAAGUCAUACAGUAACUGCAAUGUAUUUGUGGAUAAGAAGACGAAGGAGCCGAUCAAACCACACCGAGUACCAGAGAAGUGUUGGGAAACAGUUGCAGUGGAUUUAUUCGGACCAAUGCCACAUCAUCUAAACAUGUGGUGGUAGUACAAGACCUAGCGUCAAGAUACCCUGCAGCAAAGUUAGUCACAUCAACAAAGGCAGACAAAGUCAUACCAGCCUUGACAGAAAUUUACGAAACAUACGGCAACCCAGAUGUACAGAUCUCAGACAAUGGUCCACCAUUCAACAGCAUUCAGAUGCAAAACUUCGCCAAGACCAAAGACAUCAAGUUACAGAAAUCACCACCACUACAUCUCUCCUCGAACCCAGUCGAAACCUUUUUGCGGCCCUUGGGCAAGGCCAUGAAAACUGGGCGUCACAGAGGUAUUCCCGAAAAAGAAAGCCUAAAAAAUGUCUUGAAAAACUACAGACAGACACGUCACCCGGCAACCAAUCUUCCACCGGCAGCUAUGAUUUUCCACCAUGGAUAA